UUCUGCUCAAUGUAGAUGAUUGUAAUAAGCCCCGCCCACCGCUGGCGUUAUGCACAGGAGCUUCAAGAUGGCGCAGGCAAUAUUUGAGGUUCUGGAAGGCAUGGACAAUCAGACGGUGCUCAAUGUCCAGUCGCUGCUGGACGGUCAGGGGGGUGUUUUGGACCCGGGAGCACAGAACGUCUCAGGAACGAGCAUCCAGCCGAUGGACGAUGAUGACGUCUUUCUGUGUGGGAAAUGUAAGAAGCAGUUCAACUCUUUGCCGGCGUUCAUGAAUCACAAGCGUGAACCGUGUCAGUCCAACACGCCGUCACUGGCCACCGUCUCUCUGGCCUCCAACAACGCUUACACCUCCGUCCCAUCCAUCAGCGCCGGACCUCAGCUGCCCGCUAACAGACAGGUGUCAACGUACAUCACUGUGCCGCAGUCGCCGCUCACACACACGCUGGUCCAGGGAAAUGUGUUGGUCAGCGAUGAGGUUCUGAUGUCGGCCAUAUCAGCGUUCAGCUCUCUGGAUCAGCCGAUGGCAGCCAUGCAGGGACUGGCACAGGUAAUCUUCAGCAUGCACGCGGGAACCUCGUACCUCCAGCACCAUCAACAACCCCCACAGCCCCUCCCCCAGACACAGGCCACGCCCCUGUCCUCACAGGUGCCCUCCAGCAACAGUAAUUCAGUGGUGCAGGUGUACAGCACACUGCCCCCUAUGGCCGGAGGCGGUACUGCAGAAGUGUCUGCUCUGGGGCUUCAGUCGUUUCAGUCCAUUCAGGUUCCCAGUCAGUGUGUGGAGGGCCAGGUGUUCAGCGCCGCUCCGGUUUACAGCCCAGGAAAACAGAGCACAAACACCAAGACCUGCACCAUAAGCACAAACCUCUCCGAGCUGGGCGAAAUAUGCAAGGUCAUCAUCCCUAAGAGAGCCAGAACCUCCAAGCAAACACAGGAUGCAGGACAAACUAAAGGAAAAGCCCAGAAGCUCAAGUGCAAUUACUGUGACAAAGUGUUUACCAAGAACUUUGACCUCCAGCAGCAUAUUAGAAGUCACACGGGUGAAAAGCCCUUUCAGUGCAUCGGCGGCCGUGCUUCGCAGAAGUCCAACGUGAAGAAACACAUGCAGACGCACAAGGUCUGGCCCGCUGAGCACAGCACUGCAUCCAGGAUGCCCAUCACUGCACGCGUGCUUCCUCUGAACAGUGACGAAAACUCACAGCAGAUGGAGGAAGAAGGGCAAGAGCAAGCCAUUGAGGAGCAGGACGCUGAGGUCCAGGAGACACAGGGUUCGGCGGAGGGCAAACAGAGCAGCGGCAUGAACCAGAACAAGCAGAUCAUCCUCAUCGACAGCUCAGAUCAGUGCCAGUCCUGCUCGGCCAAAUUCAGCACCUACUUCCAGCUGAAGUCUCACAUGACGCAGCACAAGAACGAACAGGUACCGCACACAGACAGAAACAUUUUACAGAGCAUAAACAUUUAUUCACUUAGCAGACUCUUUUAUCACAAACGAAUGAAAAUCUACUACAGAUGUAUGAAGUGUCAGAGUAAAUAUUCCACACAGGAAGCUCUGGAACAACAUCUCCUGAACGCCACACACAACUACCCCUGCCCACACUGCCAAAAGGUGUUUCCGUGCGAGAGGUAUUUCCGCAGGCAUCUCUCCACGCACGGCGUCGGCGGCAAAUUCAAAUGUCAGAUCUGUAAAAAGUUCUUCAAAACAGAGCACUACCUCAAACUCCACACAAAGAUCCACUCAGGAGAGAAGCCGUAUAAAUGCUCCGUCUGUGAGGCCACGUUCAACAGGAAGGACAAAGUAAAGAGACACAUGCUGAUUCACGAGCCCUUCAAGAAGUACAAGUGUCCCUUCAGGACUCAUGUGGGCUGCACCAAAGAGUUCAACAGACCCGACAAACUCAAAGCUCAUAUUCUCUCACAUUCAGGUAUAAAGCCGUAUAAGUGUCAGUUCUGUCAGAAGUCGUUCAGUCGUCGCGCUCACAUGCUGGAGCAUCAGCGCUCGCACACCGAUAACUACCGCUUCCGCUGCGCCGCCUGCAGCAAGGGCUUCACCCGCCAGAAAUACUACAGCGAUCACAAGUGUCCGCUGGCGGGGGCCUCGCAGGGUGCAGACGGGACGCCGGGACAGGACAACAGCGGCCAGGACACAGGAGACGGAUCUCCUGCCGCGGAGCCUGAUGAACGUGGAGAAACCGAAGAGGAGGGUGAGGAUAAUGACGGCGAGACGCAGCAGGAUGAAGAAGGUGAGCAGAUGAGAGGAGAGGAGGAAGAGGAAGAGAGGAACGAGGGGAGACUGGAUCACAUGCAGGAGGACGACAGCGCCGUCAGACUGCUGUCUGAACCCAUGUGCUUCCAGACGGGCGACUGAUGAACAUCUUACAAACCUGCAUCACAGUGUUUACGAAUAGUGUCGGCUUCCACUCAUUAUUAAAUGCAUAAAUGAUGGGUUCAGAUCCCUGUUGCUGAUCUUUAAUAUUUGAUUUGUUUUAUAUUAAAACAUAUUAUAAGCUGAUUUCUUUUUUUCUUGCAUUUGUUGAGAUGAACUCAAGACUGCAACUUAAUCGAUACGGUUUCAAAUAAAUAUUAAUCUGAGUUGCAGUACAGUUAUGUAUCGUCCAUAAAUAUGUAUGUUAUAUAUUUAUAAUGCUUGUCUAGAAAUCAUGCGAUUUAUGGGAUGUGGGCCAAAAACAUUAUAAAGCAAUGUUAUAAUUGUUAAAAAGUAAAACUAAUAAUCAUUUUCUGUAAAAAAUAAAAUAUUAAAGUAUUAGAUGAAAAACUUCA